AUGAGUUCAGCCCUAACUAACUCAAGCUCUGGCUCUAGUGUUUCAACCCUUGAUAAGCACCAGAAGAGUCUAGAGAACUUCUAUAAUAUUAAGACGCCCCACCCUAAGAAAGAAUCUUCAGCUACUGAUUCAGAAUAUUUUGAAUACUAUCAAUUUCCCAUGGUAUUUAGACAGAAAAUCCUCUACAGAAAGCAAUAUGAACAGAAUCACAAGCCAGAUAAAAACCUUCUAAAAUGCAAUCAUGCAAUAAAAGUGGUAGCUUCACGUACUACAAGGCAAGAAGAUAGGACUGAUCUUAUAGAGGAGUUUGAUCUAGGCUAUUUGGCUGUAGAUUUUUCCUUCAACAUGUCAAUAAUUCUGAAUGAGAAUAGGGAAUAUUUCAAGAUUGAUUGCAAAUUUACAAACUCGCCUAAGACUGAUAUGAUAGAUAUAGCUGUAGGUUUUCUUGACCACAUUUUGAAAGAUUAAAAAAUCAAAGAUAGUGCUAUAAGUGACUAAGUAGAGUCUGGCUGUAGUAGCUACAGUGUCAAGGACUUCUGGGGUAUGCCGAAGAUACUAUAGAAAGCUUUUAAAUAAAUUGACAUUCAUAAUAUCAAUAAGGAAGUUGGAUUCGAGUUUUACGCUAAAAGUAAUAAUGAUUAAAAUGAUCUGAUUCUCGAGCAGGCAUAGCUAAAGGAGGAAGCUGGACAUUUUGAUUACUUCAAAGAGUAUGUACCUCCAGAAUCACUCUGCUUAUCAUAGUCUGAAGCUAGUACUGAAAUACUCUCAAGUAUCAAAGAAGAGAUCAUCAAUUCAUAAACAUCAAGUUUGAGUUAGAAAACUUAUUAAGAGUCACUUUAAAACUACAAAUAACCCAUCGAUGAAGAUAACAGGAAUUUUGACUUGGUUCUCUAAACAGUUCUCAAAUAUGAAAAUCUUUUUACUGAAGAUGAGAAAUCCCUUAUUUACUUGUUUAUGGCUCAAGAAAAUCAGGUGAAAACUCUAUAUGCUCGUAUGUUUUUCCGAAGGAGAUAUUGGUUCAAUAAUCAUAUUCUCUCUAAGUAUACCUCUAACUCAGAAUAAAUCGAGACUUCUGUUUAGAGACUUUAUAAAAAUGGCUUUGUUAGGAAUGACCAAGAUGUGGUUUAUGAUAACGAUUUUGAGAGGAUUAGUGAGUUAAUUGAAAAUGGCAUUAAUAUAUCAGGCAUAAAAAUACUUGAAUCUGAAAUAAAAAAGAUUAUUAGAGGAUAGAGUAGAGACGAUUUGCCUCAUGAAUUCGACCUGAUUCAUGUGAAUAACUUUUACCAGCUUAAACAUACCUUUGAAGGACCACUUGCAGAGACAUGCAUAAAAGCAAGUUAAAAAAUAUCAUUAUGGAUAAGGUAGAUCUCAGAGGAAAACAUCUAGAGUGGGAAAAAGGUUCUCUUUUUUAGAGAUAAUCAAAUGUCUGAUAAGCUUAAAAUGACAAAUAGGAUUAUGAGUAGAAUUAUGAAUACUCUUGGGGAGAAAAAUGAUAAUUCAUUCGGCUCAAGUAAGAUUAAUGCAACCACAGCAGCCUCUUCAUUACUAUCUUUCAUGAAAUUAUCUAAUGAAAUCAGUAAGAAGCUUAGUAAGGGUGACAAUCAGUUAAAGGAAAGAAUCUUGGAUGCCUUUUAUAAGGCAAACGAUAAUAGUAGAACCUACUACUUAGAGGAAAAAAGUAGGUCACUGUUCUAUAGAUGUUUAAGAUUAUUCUUUUUUUAUCAAAAGAAAGAUGCCUAUGAGACUCUUUUGGGCCAUGAUUAUGGCUUUUAUAGAUACGAGAAAUUUUAAAACUACCUCUCUGAUAAGGACAGAAACCCAGACAAUCAUAAUUUAAAGCCAAUAUUCUAGAAUAGAGAUGAUUUCAUCACUUUUGAUGAAUCUAGCUAGAUCAUUGGAGCUACCUUUGAUUUCUUGUCAAUAAAUUUGAAAAGAAGAGACUUAGAGUGCAAAUUGGCGACUAAAAUAAUAAAGAGGACUUUAAGGAUUUUAGGGGUUGAGUACAGGAAGGAUAACAGAGAAUUCUUGUUAUUUGACAACUUAAGAGCACUUCAUUAGGAUUCUGAAGUUGGAACCAAAGUAUCAGAUGAUAAGCAUUAAUUUAUUGACAGAUAUAGAUCAGAAUGGUCAUAUCUCAGGAUUUUAGAUGCUCUAUUUCCAAUCUUAGAAAAGGAUAAGCAAUAUCAAAUCAGCGCUAUUACACUUAUCUUCCUUCUGCAGAAUAAGAUAUUUUACACUCAAAGAGGUAAAUGGUGGCACAGGCUAGCUGUUAAUUUAAAGCAUAUGAAAAAUAAGAACGAUGCCCUAAAGACUUGUGACUUAGCUCUCAGAGAUGAGUUUGUUAAAGGGGACAAAAAGAAUAUGAUUCUAAAGAUAAGACUCAAUUUAUUUGUCGAAAUAAAUAGAUAGUAAGGUAAAUUGUUGCUAAAAAAUAGUAAGGCUAAGGCCAAGCUGAAAGGAAAGAAGGAUAAACUGUAAAUCAAGAAGAAGAAAAGUUCUAAAACUGAUAACAUUCACAUGAUGGAAUAAUUAAAUAAGUCAUUCGCUUAGUCCCAAGGGAUUAUAAGAGAUAUGAAAAGAAAAUUAAACCGAAUAACGAUGCUAAAUAGUUUCCUAGACGAUGAUAACCCUGGAGGUUAGGGAGGGAUCUCAAAUGUUCACAUUCUUGAUGACUAUUCGGAUGAAGAAGACAAUGAUAAACAAGUUGGCAAGAAAAGAAAGAAAAAGUCAAAGAAGUAAUUGUAUAGUGACGAAGACGAAGAUGAUGAGAAGUACUCAACUGAUGGUGAUGUAUAAAAUGAGACAUCAGACAUAGAUGAAGAAACCCAUACAAAUAACAUUAUGAUAUUUGGAAAUGACAAAAGCAGUAGUAACAUUUGUAGUCAGACUUCUGACCUAUAAAUAACAGAAAUAAGAAGUUUGGACACUUCCAAGGAAUUAAAUUUAAGCUUGAAUCCCGAUGUUUUAAUUGAAAAAGAAAAGAAGUCAACUUAUGAUUAACUGCAACGAUCCUGUGAAUCCAAAAUCAACAAAGAAUAUUUUAAAGAGGUGUUUCUUAAUGCUCGUAGAAACUUUAAUGGCGAACACUUGAAAUCGGUAUAUUUAGACAAGAAGUCGAAUAAGUUCUUCAACGUAGAGAAUCUGGCUCUGCACUAUUACGGGCAAAAGCAGAAAUGGAAUGGGGCUCAUGUAGAAAACUCUCUAAUGAAGUACAUGUAUGGUAUAAUGAUGUGGGAUGAGAUAUUUAAUGAUGAUAUACCUUAUGUAUUCUAGACCACCUAUCAAUUCCAGCCACUAGACUUUGACUAUCCUGAAUUCUAUACUCAUAGAAAAAAGCUUAUUGAUGAUAAACUGUAACGUAUAAUAAACAUGCCUAGAAUGGAGAUAAAAAAAUACUUGACAUCAGAAUAUGAAAAGCACAAGAAUUAUCACAAUCCCAUAGUUAACUGGGAUAAUAUAAAGUUAACAAAAGAGAGGAUGGCCUCAAUAGCCUAUUGCAUGGGUGGGCCAUUAAUAGCAAUGUUUUUCGAAAAACUAGCUUAGGAUUUUAAAAAUUGGGGUUAUGGAAUGCCUGACUUGGUUCUUUGGAGAGAAGAUAAAGCAGCCAUUAAAUUUGUCGAAGUUAAAAGUGAGAACGAUAAUGUAAGUGAAUAAUAGAAAUGCUGGAUAUACAACAUUACAGAAUGUGGAAUUGAUGUUGAAGUUUGCUGGAUUACUGAUAAAGUUGAGGGUGUUGAUGUAUUUUGA